GAGGAGAGGAACACAGAGAUGAAGCAGGAGAACCAGGAGAACGUCAGGAACUCAGAGGAGAACAUCAGGUACUCAGAGGAGAACGUCAGGUACUCAGAGGAGAACCUCAGGUACUCAGAGGAGAACCUCAGGAACUCAGAGGAGAACGUCAGGAACUCAGAGGAGAACCUCAGGAACUCAGAGGAGAACGUCAGGAACUCAGAGGAGAACGUCAGGUACUCAGAGGAGAACAUCAGGUACUCAGAGGAGAACAUCAGGUACUCAGAGGAGAACAUCAGGUACUCAGAGGAGAACCUCAGGUACUCAGAGGAGAACAUCAGGUACUCAGAGGAGAACAUUAGGUACUCAGAGGAGAACAUUAGGUACUCAGAGGAGAACAUCAGGAACUCAGAGGAGAACCUCAGGUACUCAGAGGAGAACAUCAGGUACUCAGAGGAGAACAUUAGGUACUCAGAGGAGAACAUCAGGUACUCAGAGGAGAACAUUAGGUACUCAGAGGAGAACAUCAGGAACUCAGAGGAGAACCUCAGGUACUCAGAGGAGAACCUCAGGUACUCAGAGGAGAACCUCAGGUACUCAGAGGAGAACCUCAGGUACUCAGAGGAGAACCUCACCUGCACUCGGCCUCGGCGUCGGCCUUAGCUGUGGUGUACAGGCCCCUCAGUUUGGUUCGGUAAUACGGAGACGCUGGAGGAGACAGAGGACACG